UUUGUUGCCGUUGCCGGACGGCCAUACGUGGCAAGCGUGUGUCUGCACUUUGUUAACUGACAAGAAGAGAGAAAGGAGAGCGCCGGGAGAGAGGAAGAGCGGCGACAAGUGUUGGAUACAAAGGAGCCUGCUUCCCAGUUCACAUGGCCAUACGGUGAGGCAUCCGGUAGCCACUGGGCCAAUAUAAGAAGAGCAAGCAGUUAAAGGGUUAGAGAAGAGUUUCCCACAGACCAUGGCCUCGGCUAAAGAGGAGGAUAUGGAUGAAAGACUGGCACACCUUAAAAAGGAGGAACAUGAGUGGGAUACACCCAAGGAGUUGUGUGUAAAAUGGCAGGAUUGCAAUGGUGCCACUGUUAAAAAGGAGGAGUGCAAAGAGGAACUUGUGGAGAUUAAAAUUGAGGAUUCUAACAAUUUCUCUUUUAGUCUUGACCUCCAAGUCCAUGAAACUGGGAAUAUUAUUAGGCAAGGUAUCUGUGAAGAAUCCCAUUCCGGUUUGAAACCCUGGUUUCAUAUUACGGGACAACUGACUGCUCUGCCGAAUUCCCUGGAACUGAAGUCUGAGCUGUUUGAGUUGGAGGAGGAAAUCAAAGGAGGAAAUGACAGAGAAGGAGAAAAGCAACAGUCAUCUGGGAGUGUGGGAAUAAAUUUCCACAAGGAUGGCACCCUCUCCCCGCCUUCAUUUGCUCAGCCCUGUCUUCAGCACAGAAUGCAACAGAAACAAGAACAUGAGAAGAUGAAGAAAUCAGCAAGAGAAUCAGAUAAUGUGACAGCAGCCUCUUCCCAACGCAAUUCUCUUCCUACUGGUAAAAUAACACAGGCAGAAGCCGUUAACAUUGAUCAACAGCGAACCCUUAAUACACAUGAAGAGCUUUUUCAUGCAAGCCUUAAAUCGAUUCCUAUGAAAAAGAAGCCAUACUCUUGUUCUGAAUGUGGCAGACUAUUUUCACGUAGUGACAGUCUUCACAAUCACAAACUAAUUCACACUGGAGAGAAACCUCAUUGUUGUGUCCAAUGUGGCAAAAGAUUCUCACAAAUAAGCAAUCUUCACAGCCACACAAAAAUCCACACAAGAGAAAAGCCUUUUUGCUGCUCUGAAUGUGGCAAGCGAUUUUCUCGUAACAGGACUCUUCAAAAACACUUACGGAUUCACACUGGAGAGAAACCUUAUUCCUGCUCUGAAUGUGGCAAAAGAUUUUCACAAAGCAGUACACUUCAGAGCCACAAAAGAACUCACACUGGAGAAAAACCCCAUUGCUGUAGUGAAUGUGGCAAGCGAUUUUCUCAUAUCAGCAGUCUUCAGCAGCACAAAAAUAUUCAUACUGGAGAGAAGCCAUAUUGCUGUGGUGAAUGUGGCAAGUGCUUCUCCCAUAACAGCAGUCUUCAGAAACAUGUAACAGUUCAUACUGGGGACAAACCUCAUUUUUGUCCUGAAUGUGGCAAAGGAUUUUCCCAUAUUAGCAAUCUUCAUAAGCAUGCAAAAACUCACACUGGCGAGAAACCUUACUGCUGCUCUGAAUGUGGUAAAAGAUUCUUACAAAUAUGCCACCUUCAACGCCAUAUCAAAAUUCAUACUGGAGAAAAGCAACAUUGUUGUACUGAAUGUGGCAAACAGUUCAUAGAAAUAAGCCAGCUGCAGAGACACAUCAGAAUUCACACUGGAGAGAAACCUCACUGUUGUUUGGAAUGCGGCAAGCGAUUCUCAGACAAAAGUAAUCUUUAUAAACAUCAAAGAAUUCAUACUGGGGAGAAACCUCACUGCUGUCCUCAAUGUGGGAAAAGAUUCUUAGAAAUAAGCCAUCUUCAGUGCCAUAUCAGAGUUCAUACUGGAGAGAAACCUUAUUGUUGCUCUGAAUGUGGGAAACGAUUCUCAAACAGCAGUGGCCUUCGUAGUCAUGAAAGAAUUCAUACUGGGGAGAAACCUCAUAGUUGUUCUGAUUGUGGUAAGCAUUUCUCAGACAGCAGGAGUCUUAGUAGGCACUCGAAUACUCACACAGAAGAGAAACCCCAUUGCUGUCCAGAUUGUGACAAAUGAUUCUCACAAAUACGCAGUCUUCAGACCCCUGUGAAAAUACACGGUGGAUAAAAAACCUUUUGCUGCUCUGAAGGUGGCAAACGCUUUUCCCAUAGUAGCACGAUACAGCAGCAUGCACACAUUCAUAUAAAUGAAAGUCCAUGUUGCUGUUCUGAUUGUGGCAAAAGAUUUUUCAACAACUACAGUCUUCAGGAACACUUAAGAAUUCACACUGGUGAAAAACCUUAUUGUUGUUCUGGUUGUGGCAAACGAUUCUUGGACAUAAAUCAACUUCAGAGCCACAGCAAAAUUCACACUGGAGAGAAACAGCACUGCUGUUUGGAAUGUGGCAAACGAUUUUCAUAUGGUAGUAAUCUUCAUAAUCACAUGAAAAUUCAUACUGGAGAGAAACCUCAUUGCUGUUCUGAAUGUGGAAAACAAUUUUCACAAAUUGGUCACCUUCAAAGCCACAUCAGAAUUCAUACUGGUGAGAAACCCUUGUGUUGUACCGAAUGUGGUAAGCGUUUUUCACAUAACAGUGGACUUCAUAGCCAUAAAAGAAUUCACACUGGUGAAAAGCCUCAUAGCUGUUCUGAAUGUGGCAUAUUGUUGUUGUUUCUCAAACAGGAAGAAUCUCAACAGACACAUGAAAAUUCACACCGGCGACAAAGCUCAUUGCUGUUCUGAAUGUGGCAGAUGUUUCACUUGCAGAAGCAGUUUUCUUAGCCAUAUAACAACUCUCGCUCUACAGAGAAACUAAACACUAAUUAUGAUAGUGGCAGGCAAUUCUCAAAAGAAUGUGAGAGCCACAUGGAAUAUUCAGGCUGGAGAUAAACCGUACCGUUGUUCAGAAUGUGGCAAAUGAUUCUUCCAUAAUAUUAGUCUUCAGGAACACAUAAGAAUUCAUACCAGAGAUAAUCUGAUUCCAUCAGACAUGGCUAAAUAAAGUUAUUACACAGCACAAGAUUGUGUUUAAGAAUAGCUUAACAUGGGCUAACUGAGGAGUGUCCUUGUUUUAUUAAAUCAUAAAAAUGCAAUAGCCAUCUUCAGAUCAGUGCAGUUUAUGAAGGCACCUGUGAAGUUCUGGAAACUGUGCUGCAGCUAAAUCAUACUGCAAGUGUGGUCAUAAAGAAAGGUGCAAGCAACUCCGUCCACGAGCUUUGCAGUUUUAAUAAUGUGAUGUGUUCAUUAUUUUAUACCUAAAGUUACAUUCUCAAAAAUGUUAUUUGUAUUCAGCAUUUAAUCCUUAUGAUGCCCAAUAAACAUGUCAGCUCUGACUGA